ACGUCAUCGACAGGCGGCCAAGAUGGUUGCCAAUGUUGAUAAGUGGUUUGAUUACACAGUGGAGCGGUAACGAUAAACGCCCGGACGGGGCUAUCAAACGUGAUCGGCGUUAUGCUCGUGAAGUGAGAUUCCGUACCGAUGAGAAUUCCGCGUGUUGGGUCGGCCGUCGCGCGAGGAAUGGCAGCCUAUGGAGAUGUGGAGAAAGUACGACGUACUAUGGACGUCGCGCAGACCAUGAUCAACUUCACCGCCGAUCAGCUCGACGAUUUGCGGACGCAGUGCUCCGUUAGCGCGGAGGUUACUCAGCAGGAGAUAAGGAGGCUGGAGGGGAAAUUAAUAAAAUUAUAUUCCAAACAACUUGCGGCAAAAUCUAAAUUGGCCAACCCAUUACCACCAGACAUGAUAAAAUGUCCAUCGUUACGACUAUGGUUGCGGAUAGUUGGGCUCACCCAGGACUCAAUUGAGUUGAUUUGUUCCCAAGUUAAUACUCUUGAGGACCUGAAAGAUAAGACUGAAGAUGAAUUAAACAGCAUGUUAGAUGAACAUGAUACAUACUACAAGGAAGAAUGUCGUAGGCUUUGUAAAGCAUUAGAUAAUUUAUGGCGAUACACAGAUAUUCUGAUAAAUGGAGGUAUCGAAAAUAAUGAUGUGGAUUUAUAUUGGGAUUCUUGGGACAGUUAUCAUUUGCGCAAGGAACUUAAUUCUAAGUCAGAUCUAUCUCCUACUGAAGAAUGUUCCAGUCCAACAGAGAAUAGCAUUCCAUAUCAUAAUAACAAUAAUGAUGAAUUAUCACUAGAUGCUUCUGCAUCUUUCAAUGAAUUUGAAGUGAUAUUAGAUGAUCCUCCUUAUAGUCCUUUAUUAUCAAAGCGGGAAUGUGAACCUAAAUCUACGGAAGUUAAAUCUAUAGAAAUUAAAUCUUCAUUAACUCCUCCUCCAUGUAAAAAACAUUUGAUUAUACAAAAUAGCACAUCACUAUCUGAAGUGCUUCCGUUAGUUAAGUCAAAAUCUCAUGAAUCACAAUUGAUAAGUCGUCCUGAUAGAAUACAAUUUGAUAAUGAUGAUACAAUAUUCAGUUUUAGAAAUGACUUUUCAACAGAGAAAAAAAGUGAUUCUCCUAUAAGAAAAAAUCUGUCAACUGAACAAAGUUUAGAUUAUAGUGCAACAAAUUCUGUAAAAGAAGAAAGUCCUUUGUCAAAUAGUAACAGUCCUAUUAAAUCACCUUUUAUAUCGCCUUUAUUAUCACCUAUUAAAUCGCUUAUUAAAUCGCCUAUUAAAUCACCUAUUAAAUCACCUAUCAAAUCGCCUAUCAAAUCACCUAUCAAAUCACCUAUCAAGUCACCUAUCAAAUCACCUAUCAAAUCGCCUAUUGAAUCACCUAUUGAAUUGCCUAUUAAAUCACCUGUUAAAUCACCUGUUGAAUCACCUGUUAAAUCGCCUGUUAAAUCACCUAUUAAAUCACCUGUUAAAACAUCUGUUAAAUCGUUUAAAUCAUUACCACCGCCACCGAUCUGUACUGCAAAUAUAGCAGGAAGUGAUGCUAGCCAUGCGAGAUCAGAACCAAAUCUCCAAGUGCCAAAAUCUCCAUCUACUCCUACUGUGACUCGCGGUAUAGGUCAUGCAAUUGCUCAUCGUUUUACCAGAUCUUUUAAUGUGAUGACAGAUUGUAACUAUUGUGAGAAAAGGAUGUUUAUGAAUUUUUUAAAAUGCAAGGAGUGUAAAUAUCAGUGUCAUCGACAUUGUGCAACCAAAGUAGCUCUUUGUUGUGGUCUACCACAUCAACUCUUUGCGGAGUUUCAACGAACUGUACAAUCUGAGAAUUCAUUGAAUGUUUCCCCAGUAUUGAAGAGGCCUGGUACAUCAUAUGUGACAUCUACGAAUAAUAUAGAUUUAUUACCUUCUUUACCUUCUUUAAGUCGCAGAGACAGAAGACGAUCAUAUACACAAUCUUCUAUGAAUAUACCUUAUCAUGGCGAGUCUAGUUUGAAUUCAUUGAGUUGUAAUCGCUCAACACCUUCUAGUCCAGCAUUGCUAUCAACCAGUAUUAGUCACAGUACACACUCGUUUCUAAAACAAUUUCAUUUUCCAGAUGUACUGAUUAAAAAGGAUACUUUAUCUGAAUUGCUUGACAAAAGAUACAGAUCUGAAUCAGCGAUUUCGAAUGAAAGGAGAAGAAAAAGUGAUUUGGAUGAUAAACAGGAAGAAGAAAUAGAAAACGAAAGUGUUUUGAUAGAUUCAUUGAAUGUUACUAAUGUACAAUUAGAGGUGCCAAAGAGAAUUGAGUCUCAGGAAUCUCUAAGUUCUGAAAGCGAAAUAGUUGCGGAUAUAUGUUGGCCUCGACAGAAUAGCAUAUUGAUGCAAGAAUGGGACAUUUUAAACCACGAAUUAAUCAUUAGAGCUAUAAUUGGAAAAGGAAGAUUUGCUUCAGUAUACAGAGGUUAUUGGCAUGGAGAUGUUGCAAUUAAAGUUUUAAAUAUGAAUUAUUAUUCAGAAGAUGAGAAGACAUUAGAAACAUUUAGACUAGAUGUAGCCACAUUUCGAAACACUCGACAUGACAAUCUAAUUUUAUUUUUGGGUGUUUGUACAACGCCUCCUAAAUUAGCUUUAGUGACUAGUUUGUCUAGAGGCAUAUCACUAUAUUGUUGUCUUCAUUUACGAAAAGAUAGAUUUAGUUUGUCUAAACUUAAUCAUCUGGCUCUACAGAUUUGUAAGGGUAUGAAAUAUCUCCAUUCUCGAAACAUAUUACACAAGGAUCUUAGGAGCAAGAACGUAUUUGUAGAAAAUGAUAACAUUACAAUAUCUGAUUUUGGUCUGUUUAAUAUUACUAAAUUGUGCCAUGGAAAUAGGAAAGGAGAAGCAUUGCAUAUCCCUCCAGGUUGGUUAUGUUAUUUAUCACCAGAAAUUAUUCGACGAUUAAAACCACUAAAUCGAGGUCAAGACAAAUUACCAUAUGCAAUUGCGUCUGAUAUUUAUGCAUUUGGGACUAUUUGGUAUGAAUUAUUAUGUGGUGAGUGGCCCUUCAGAGACCAACCUACUGAAGCUGUUAUCUGGCAAGUCGGGAAAGGAAUGAAACAAUCUUUAGCGUAUUUGCAAGCUUCCCGUGAUGUAAAGGAUGUUCUAAUGUAUUGUUGGUCAUACAAUCCAAGAAACCGUGUUGACUUUAGGGAGGUAAUGAGUCUACUCAGAAAGCUGCCUUCCAAAACGUUGGCACGUAGUUCCUCCAAUCCUACAAAUUGUUCUCGUUCUGCAGAAUCCAUGUUUUGAACAUAUUUAUUUGAAUAUGCUGUUAUUCUUAUAAUGUAAAUAUAGAAUUAUUACCCGAUCUUUGUUCAGGAGAAGUAAAAUAAAAAUCGCUAAAAGAUUCGCGCUUGUUUGUAUUAUUAAUUUAUUAAAAUGUGAAAAGAUUUUAAUACAAUAAUUGUAAAAAUGUUAAAUUGUUGCGAAUUUAAAUACAUAUCUUUUUUGUGAAUAAAAUCGUAAUACUAAAAUCUCUUAUUAAGAGGAAAUAUGUAUAUACUUACUGCUUAUAUUUAUUAAAUAUAUGUAAAUAUCUUUUGUAAAUAUUUAAAUAUAUAUAAAAUCUUACAGAUA